AUGGUCGGCUUCACUGCUACGGGCUCAACCUUUUACGUCGGCUUCGCCUUCGUACGAGACGAGAAGGAUGAUAGCUAUGAAGUUAUUUUGAAUUGUCUAGUUGAGGUAUACGAAGCUCUUGGCCUUGAGCUACCCCGGACGAUCCUCACUGAUAAAGAGCAAGCGCUAAUGAAUGCUGUGAAGGCUGUCUUCCCUUCUACAAAGCAUAUGAUCUGUCUGUGGUAUAUCAACAUGAAUAUUAUGAAGAAAGCUCGUCCGAUUCUCGCAGAGCAGCUAGCAAAAGCUCGGCAAGAGACUACUUCCUUACAGCGUCGGACGAAGGCGGAGAGAGACCGAGAGCUUAGAGAAAUGGUCAAUGAAGCAUGGAAGACGAUGCUAAAGCUGUGGAUUCGAAUCGUCUACGCUAUUACGAUAGAGGAAAGGGAGGAGAGAUGGAGGCAAUUCAAAGAAAGCUACAAGGAGCCGAUUUUCAUGCCUUUACUCGAGUAUCUACAGAGUGAAUGGCUAGAUGACUGCCCCGAGUAUUUCCUUCAUGAAUACACCUCCGAAUACCUUCAUCUUAACGAGAUUUCGACCUCUCGGACCGAGGGAGCUCACUGGCUGCUUAAGCAGGACCUUUAA